CUGCAAUCGACCUAGAGUUCCAUGGCGGAAGAGCUUGUCUGUCGACCCCGGACUCUCCCCACUUCCCCUCACGAUGAUCAAUUCACUGCAUCCCCGAUGUAAGCUAGGCAUGCGACCAGGGUGGUUGGGAGGUGUACUUAAGCAGGUACCUUGACGAAUUUUCGUGAUGCAUUGCUCUCUGCAAAAUCUAGCAAUGAUUGGUAUCAAGGGUUUCGCGUUGAGCCUCCUGGCCAGCGCUGUCGUUGCGCAAGAUGCUAUUCAAGCAACUGGCACAAACUUCACUCUCACCGCCGACGGCAUGUCAUACCUGUUCCACGUUGAUACUGAGUCUGGCGACCUCAUCUCAGAUCACUUUGGAGGACCAAUGGACGACUUCACACCACCAGCCUACAUUCUACCGUCCGGAUGGGUGGCUGGCGAGAUAGGCAAUGAGCGUCGCGAGUUUCCCGAUAUUGGCCGCGGUGACUUCCGUUUACCAGCCAUCCAUAUCGAACACGCUGAUGGUGACACGAUAUCCGCUUUCCGUUACCAAUCCCACGACAUCACACAGGGAAAGCCUUCUCUACCAGGGCUACCUGCGACUUAUGGGGAGGCUGGCGACGUCACGACCAUAACCGUACACAUGUACGACAAUGUGUCAGAUGUUUCAGCUGCCUUGAUGUACUCGAUCUUCCCAAAGUACAACGCUAUUGCACGUAGCUUCAGCAUUGCGAACAACGGUACUGCCGAUAUCGUCAUCGAAAGAGCGUCGAGCUUCAGCACCGACUUCCCCAAUCUCGACCUCGAGAUGAUUGAGCCCCAUGGUGACUGGUCGCAUGAGUUCCAGACUGUCAAGAGGAAGAUCGACUAUGGCGAGACUUCGUUUCGGAGCACUGCAGGAUAUGCGUCUCAUCUUCACAAUCCUUUCUUCGCGUUGGUUUCACCAACCACUACCGAGUCUACCGGAGAAGCUUGGGGUAUCAGUUUAGUGUGGACUGGUAGCUUUGAAGCUACAGCACAGCGCUUCUCCAACGGCUAUGUGCGCGUUCUCAUGGGCCUUAACCCGCUUCACUCCAGCAUUCGCGUGGCACCAGGAGAGAUGUUCCAGUCUCCCGAAGCUGUCGGUGUGUACUCUUCUCAGGGUGUUGGUGGCGUGUCGCGCUCGUUCCAUGAUCUCUAUCGCAACCACCUCUCCCGACACAAGUUCACGGACCAAACUCGGCCGAUUCUGCUCAACUCGUGGGAGGGGCUAAGUUUCGAUAUCAACGAGACGUCUUUAGUCAAUCUGGCCGGCGAGGCGGAAGAGCUUGGAAUCGAGCUGUUCGUGAUGGACGAUGGCUGGUUUGGUGUCGAGUACCCGCGUAACAAUGACACUAUGGGCCUCGGAGACUGGACACCCAACCCAGAGAAGUUCCCCGAUGGUCUAGGCCCAUACGUGGAGCAAGUCAACAACUUCACGGUGUUGAAUGCGUCGUCUACGCCUCUACAGUUUGGUCUCUGGGUAGAACCAGAGAUGGUAAACCCCAAUUCGACCUUGUACCAUGAGCACCCCGACUGGGUCCUGCAUGCUGGAAAGCACCAAAGGACUUUGACACGGAACCAGUUGGUCCUGAACGUGGGGUUGCCGGAAGUCCAGGACUACAUCAUCAGCUCAAUUUCCCGAGUCCUUGAUUCCGCGAACAUCCAAUAUGUCAAAUGGGAUAACAACCGCGGCAUGCAUGAGCUUGCCCGCCCAUCUGAUGACUACACUUACAUCCUUGGCCUAUAUCGCGUUAUUGACAAUCUCACAACGAGCUAUCCUGACGUACUCUGGGAAGGCUGUGCAUCAGGUGGAGGCCGUUUCGACCCUGGUCUUCUACACUACUGGCCUCAACACUGGACCAGUGACAACACCGAUGCUUCUAAUCGUCUCACAAUCCAAAUGGGAACAUCCCUGGUCUACCCGCCCUCCGCAAUGGGGUGCCAUAUAUCUGCCGUUCCCAACGGUCUCACCCACCGCAACAUCAGCAUCGAAUACCGUGGUCACGUCGCCAUGAUGUGCGGUUCCUUCGGUCUCGAACUCAACCCCUCCGAACUAUCCCCAGAGGAAGCCUCUGCCGUGCCUUCAAUCAUGGCCCAAGCCAAGGCUGUGAACCCCGUUGUCAUCUCCGGCGAUUUCUACCGCCUGGCGCAUCCCGAUAGCAGCAACUGGCCUGGUGUGCAAUUCGUCAGUGCAGAUGGAAACCAGAGCAUAGUCUUUGCGUUCCAGCAACAGUACAUGAUCAAGCCGGCAGCACCCCCACUUAGACUACAGGGCUUGGAUCCCAAGGCCAAGUAUAGCAACGAUCUGGACAAUGCUACCUAUAGCGGGGCUACGUACAUGAACGGCGGGCUUAACAUCGCAUGGCCCAUGGGCGACUACCAGAGUAAGCUCAUUUGGCUGAACAAGGUCUAAGUAAGUUGGUCAAAUAGUACACUAAUCGACUUACGAUUUUGAUUGCGGCAAUGCGGUACACUGUGAAUAUUAUGAGUGCUUGUUCAAUCUUACGAAAUGCUGGUUACUGCUCACACUUGUU